AAAAAAGCUGAUCACUUGCCUUUCCCCGCCGGAUUCCUCUUCUCUCUUAUCAGGUUCUGCUCUCUCUUCCUUUCUCCUCCAAAAUCUGCGACGUUUUACGAUCAACUUUUCGCAUUCUUACUAAACACGGUUUUUUUUAUUGUUGAUCUAGGGUUUCAUUUCCAGCAUCAAUGGCUCCCCCUGCGAAUGAGUUGAAUGUUUAGAGUUGAAUUCGUUAUAAGACGCAAAAAAGGGGAAAAAUGAGCAUCGUCCCCAAGGAAACAAUUGAAGUCAUAGCCCAAAGUGUUGGGAUUAAUAACCUCUCUGUAGAUGCUGCACUUACUCUCUCUCCUGAUGUUGAAUAUCGAAUGCGCGAGCUUAUGCAGGAAGCUAUUAAAUGUAUGCGUCAUUCAAGGAGAACUAUUUUGACAACAGAUGAUGUAGAUACUGCACUAAGCAUAAGAAACGUUGAGCCAGUUUAUGGCUUUGCUUCAGGCAAUCCUUUACGGUUUAAAAGAGCUGUAGGACACAUGGAUUUGUUCUACAUUGAGGACAAGGAUGUGGACUUCAAAGAUAUAAUUGAAGCUCCUUUACCAAAAGCUCCGUUGGAUACAUCAAUCAUGUGCCAUUGGCUAGCAAUAGAAGGGGUGCAACCUGCAAUUCCAGAAAAUGCUCCAGUGCAAGCUAUCACUGUUCCUGAUGGAAAGAGGUCCGAAAGUAAGGAUGAUGGUCUUCCUAUUGACAUCAAAGUACCAGUUCAGCAUGUACUAUCUAGAGAACUUCAGCUAUACUUUGACAAGAUCACAGAACUUACUAUCAGGGGUUCUGAAACAGUUCUUUUCAAAGAAGCAUUGGUCAGUUUAGCAACUGACGCUGGGCUUCAUCCCUUAGUUCCUUAUUUUACGUGUUUCAUAGCUGACGAGGUUGCUCGUGGUCUGGGGGAUUUUAGUCUGCUGUUUGCUUUGAUGCGCCUUGUGCGUAGUCUGCUGAAAAAUCCUCACAUACAAAUAGAACCUUACCUACACCAGUUGAUGCCCUCCGUGGUUUCCUGUUUAGUGGCCAAAAGACUAGGCAACAGAUUGGCUGACAACCACUGGGAGCUGAGAGAUUUCGCGGCCAAACUAGUUGCUUCAAUUUGCAAAAGAUUUGGGCAUGCAUACAGCAAUCUCCAGCCACGCUUAACAAGAACAUUGGUAAAUGCAUUUUUGGACCCCAAACGAGCCAUCACUCAACACUAUGGUGCAAUUCAAGGAUUAGGCGCCCUUGGACCCAAUGUGGUCCGCCAUCUUAUUCUGCCAAAUCUGGGGUCAUAUAUGCGGCUUCUUGAACAUGAAAUGUCGCUUGAGAGUCAAAAGAAUGAAAUGAAGAGGCACGAGGCUUGGAGAGUUUAUGGAGCGUUGUUGCAUGCAGCUGGUCAAUGCAUUUAUGGUAUACUCAAAAUGUUUCCUGCUUUGCCGUCACCACCAUGUCAAGGAGUUUGGGGCAAGAGUGAAAGAGUUAAUACAUUGGCGCCAGGUAAACGUAAGGCAAGCCUGGACCACACAGAAGAGCAACCGCCUCUCAAAAAAGUAGCCACCGAUGGCCCUUUGCUGGACAACAACACCUCACCUUCUGUCAAACUAAACGAGGAGGAAGAAGUAGGUGGUGCAUCAGAUUUACCAUCAACCUCCAAGCAGAUGACUGUUUCUGAGAAAGUAGGCAGCAGAGAUGACAAAAAUAAGAGUGAUGAAGAGUUUGUGAAGUUGUCAGGUGUCCUGAAUCAGGUUUGGAAGGAAGAUUUGAAAUCGGGGCAGGUUCUUGUAUCAAUGCUUGAUCAGUUUGGUGAGAGCAUCUUCCCCUUCAUACCCACUCCUGAAUUGUCGUUGUUCUUGUGACACUUUUUAUAAAUAUUAAGUCUCUAUUUGUACAUAAUCAUGUGAUCCUCUUAGUGAGAGCCUUGAACUCUAUAAUAUCAACCACUUCAUUGAGAUUUGAGAUCAUGGUCGAACUCGAGAAAGAGUGCCCCAUAAGUGGUGGCAAGCUCUUCUGGUUGAACCUUGACAUCAAUCCCAAAGUGUGUCUCGAAAACACGGAGGCUCUUAAGCUCCUUGAAAGGAUACCGUUUCAUGGUUGGUGUAGAUGUUUAACAGAGCACUAGAGAUAUGAGAAACCCUAAAUCUCAAGUGACUUGUGUUAAAUUAAUUUAGUAUUGAUUGAGAUUAGUGUGAUAUUUGUAUAUCAAUACACUGCUAAGUAGUACCAAUAUGAGUAAUUUUCCUUGUCGUA